CAUCUGGCAACUAUGGUCAUAAACAAGCGGCAAUAUUGACGAAAUUAAAAUUGGUGAAAAAAAUAAAUAAAAAUAUUUACUUUAUAUAGUGCAUUUGAAUUUACUAAAACGAUUGUUUACCCUAAUUAUGGAUAACAUGAGCUGUCAGGAGAAUGAAAGAUCUUUGGCCACAGCCACCACUACAGACUGUGAAGAAAAUGAAGAUUUUGGCCCACUGCCCAUAACUAAAUUGGAAGUUAAUGGCAUAACCAGCAAUGAUAUACAACGUUUAAAGGCUGCUGGUUAUCAUACAGUGGAAUCGGUGGCAUUCGCUCCUAAAAAAGAGCUGUUAAACAUUAAGGGUUUCUCAGACAACAAAGUUGACAAACUAUUGGCCCAUGCCUCCAGUUUAGUGCCCAUGGGUUUUACUACGGCCCUGUUUUUCUAUCAAAAACGUUCGGAAAUUAUUAUGCUGACCACUGGGUCCAAGGAAUUGGAUAAGUUACUAGGCGGAGGCAUUGAAACAGGUUCGAUAACUGAGUUAUUUGGCGAAUUUCGUUCCGGCAAGACUCAAUUGUGUCACACUUUGGCUGUCACCUGUCAAUUGCCCAUUAGUCAGAAUGGUGGAGAAGGCAAAUGCCUGUACAUAGAUUCAGAAGGUACAUUUCGUCCCGAACGUUUGGUGGCCAUAGCAGAUCGUUAUAAAUUGGUAAAAGAUGAUGUUUUGGAUAAUGUGGCGUGUGCACGUGCCUUUAACUCGGAUCAUCAAACACAAUUGUUAAUGCAAGGCGCCGCUAUGAUGGCUGAAUCAAGAUAUGCCUUGAUCAUAGUGGAUAGUGCGACUGCCCUGUAUCGUACCGAUUAUGCUGGUCGUGGUGAACUGGCUGCCCGACAAAUGCAUUUAGCACGUUUUAUGCGUUUACUAUUACGUAUGGCCGAUGAAUUUGGUGUGGCUGUUGUUAUCACCAAUCAAGUGGUGGCCCAAGUUGAUGGUGGAGGUGGCAUGUUUCAAGCGGAUGCUAAAAAACCUAUUGGUGGCAAUAUCAUUGCCCAUGCUUCAACUACACGCCUGUCGCUGCGCAAAGGUCGUGGUGAAACUCGUAUAUGUAAGAUAUAUGAUUCUCCUUGUUUGCCCGAAUCAGAGGCAAUGUUUGCCAUACAACCUGAUGGUAUUGGUGAUGCUAAGGAAUAAUUUUGCUGCCUUCUUAUUAUUUUAUAGUUCAUAAGUAUAGUUUAAGAUUGAGUUUAGGUUAUGUUUUUCCUUCUUUUUUAAUUAAAAUAUUUUUAUUUAUAAAUAAAGAAAAAUUAUGUUGGCCCCUUUUUAUCACUACGAA